UUAUUACGAUGAAUCAGAAACAAGAGUCUGUUGACGAGGUUGCACAGUUAGGAAGCGUGCGAAUACAGAUAACGAACAAUGCAAAUCUAGCCAACAUCUGUUGGAUUUCUGCUCUCAAUGCAUUCGAUUUUGUUUUGAUAGUGCAGUUAAAUAGAGACAGUGACUCAAAAUGUUUGCAGGUUUACCGGAGCUGGGAAUAUCCAAUGGAGAAGAUCUUAAAGAAACUCUGACUAACUGUACGGAACCCCUGAAAGCCAUCGACCAGUUUCAGAUGGAAAAUGGCAUAUUGUUGCCAACCCUACAGUCCGCACUGCCUUUCCUGGACCUUCACGGGACUCCACGGCUGGAGUUUCAUCAGUCAGUCUUUGAUGAACUUCGAGAAAAGCUCAUGGAGCGUGUUGCCACCAUUGCAGAGGGCAAGGAUGAGGACAGAUACAUAAAGCUGGAAGAACUUCUUGAGAAAAGCUUCCCACUGGUGAAGAUGCCAUCCAUACAGCCCAUCGUCAUGCAAGUGCUGAAACAUCUGCCAAAGGUACCUGAGAAGAAGCUGAAGCAGGUGAUGGCUGAUAAAGAGCUGUACAAAGUCUGCGCAGUGGAGGUGAAACGGCAGAUUUGGCAAGACAAUCAGGCUCUUUUCGGGGACGAGGUGUCUCCUCUGUUGAAACAGUAUAUUGUGGAGAAGGAAGCAGCUCUUUUCAGCAGUGACCUCUCCAUCCUUCACAACUUUUUCAGUCCUUCACCCAAAACACGGCGACAGGGUGAAGUGGUGUUGAAGCUGACUCAAAUGAUUGGAAAGAAUGUGAAGCUCUAUGAUAUGGUACUACAGUUCCUGCGGACGCUAUUCCUGCGCACACGGAACGUACACUACUGCACCCUGCGAGCCGAGCUGCUCAUGUCCCUUCAUGACCUCGACGUCAGUGAAAUCUGUUCAGUCGACCCCUGUCAUAAGUUUUCUUGGUGUUUGGAUGCCUGCAUCAGGGAAAAGUUUGUGGAUGCUAAACGGGCUCGAGAGUUACAAGGCUUCCUGGAUGGGGUCAAGAAAGGGCAGGAGCAAGUGCUAGGUGACCUCUCUAUGAUCCUGUGUGACCCAUUUGCCUGUAACACACUAGUGUUGAGUACCGUGAGGAACCUUCAAGAGCUUUUGAGCCAGGACGCCCUGCCCAGAGACAGCCCUGACCUUCUCCUCCUGCUGCGGAUGCUUUCUCUUGGCCAGGGUGCCUGGGAUAUGAUUGACAGCCAGGUUUUUAAAGAGCCCCGAAUGGAUUUGGAGGUGGUAACACGCUUUUUGCCUGCCGUGAUGUCAAUAGUGGUGGAUGACUACACGUUCACUGUGGAGCAGAAACUGCCGAGUGAGGAGAAGACCUCUCUCACGUACCCCACCACCCUGCCUGAAACCUUCUCUAGGUAUAUACAGGAAAACAGGGUGGCGUGUGAGAUCGGUCUUUAUUAUGUGCUUCAUAUUGCUAAGCAGAGGAAUAAAAAUGCUUUACAGCGGCUUCUGCCUGCACUGGUUGAUACCUAUAAUGACAUGGCAUUCGGAGACAUCUUUCUUCAUCUUCUCACUGGCCAUCUGACUCUGCUCUCUGACGAAUUUGGAUCAGAGGAGUUUUGUACUGCUGUCUUUGAUAACUUCCUCCUCACAUCUUUCUCUAGUAAGGAGAAUGUUCACAGACACUGUCUUCGCUUAUUGAAUCAUCUCCAACAGAAGGUACUGGCGUCCUACAUGGAGACCGUAAUGAAGACGCUUGAACCACCAAAACAGAGCAGUGAGUCAGUGAAGGAAGUUUAUACCCUGUUGAAGGAGAAGCUCGAAGCUUCUAAAAAAAGCCCCCCGGAACAAGAGGAAGCCCCUUCUCUGGAUCUGGGCCUUCACCCUGUCACUGUGCCCUCCACCCCCACAACCCCUCUUUGAGGGAGACUCGGUGCCACAGCCACUAGAGAGCAGAAACAGUCUGAUGUCAUAAAGACUGACCUGAACGUGUGUAAAAUGGAACAAUGCUGGUUAUACGAGUUGAUGUUUUUCUUCUUCGUUUUUUUUCUUUUCUUUUUUAAAGGUCAUUUUAAAAGCCUUUUCCAUUUUGCAAUUUUGUUGGCUCAGCUCUUUUUCCAUUUAUAUGCUUCUUUUAAGAAAAUGUAGACUUGUUUCAUUGUUGAAUGAGUUCCAAUAUAGUGUCUAAUGUACAGCAUUUUAAUGUUGAAUGUGUUUUGCUUUGGAUUGUGUCAGCGACAAGCUCUAGUGUAAAUAAAAUAAUGGGUUAGAACGUU